AACCUCGUCCACCGACACCCUCAAGUCCUCUUGCACAGAGCCAAGAAAGAAGACAACGACAAGAACAGGGAGACAAAGAGACACAAUGAGCGACCCAGCCCCUAAGCGCCCCUUUUCAAAGGUGAGUCAGCCGCUGCCGAUUGAUUCCGGAGGUUGGAGAGAGGAGAGACUCGCCCUCGCUGACCCAUUUCGUCUCUUCCGCCCACGCCUCACCCAGGUCAUCAUAGUGGGCGCGGGCCCGGCGGGGCUGCUGCUGGCCCUGCUGCUCUCCAAGAAGGGCAUCCCCGUGCACAUUCUCGAGGCGGCGGCGGAGCUGGACCAGCAGCCGCGGGCGGCGCACUACGGCGCGCCCGCGAUCCCCGAGUUCCUGCGCGCGGGCAUCGCCGAGCGCAUCCGCGAGCGCGGCAUGGUCCUCGACACCAUGUGCUGGCGCGCCCCCGCCGACAGGGACCACGCUUACAUCGCCGGCUUCGACGCUCGCCGGGUGCUGAGCGACGUCGACGGCCGCGGCACCGACCUGCGGACGCACUGCCUCGCGCUGCAGGAGCUGGACGCGCUGAUGCUCGAGGAGGUGACGGGCCGGUACGGCGGCCUGAUCGAGUGGGAGCACAGGGUUGUCAGCGUCGGCCAGGACGCCGACGGGGCCUGGUGCGAGGUCGAGGUCGCCGGCGGCAGGGGCGGGAAGAAGGUGGUCAGGGGCGAUUAUGUGGUCGGUUGCGACGGCGCGAAUAGCACGGUGCGCAAGUCGCUGUUUGGAGACGAGUUCCCUGGGUUCACGUGGGAUGCGCAGAUUAUUGCUACCAACACGUACUACCCCUUUGCGGAGAAGUUCGGCUGGCAGGAUGCCAAUUUCAUCAUCCACCCGGAACACUUCUUUAUGGCGGCUAGGAUAACCCGCGAUGGCCUCUAUCGCAUCACGUAUGGCGAGACACCGGGUCUCUCCCGCGAAGAAUACCGAGAACGCCUGCCCUGGAAAUUCGAGACCAUCCUCCCCGGCCACCCUAAGCCCGACGAAUACAAAGUCAUCAACUUCUCCCCCUACAAGAUGCACCAGCGGUGCGCCCCCAAGUUCCGUGUUGGCAGGGUGCUCUUGGCAGCCGACGCGGCCCACCUAUGCAAUCCCUGGGGUGGACUUGGCAUAACCGGCGGCUUUGUGGACGUCGGCGGGCUGUACGAUUGCCUUGCGGGAAUCUGGGACGGCAAGGCGGACGAGUCAAUCCUGGAUCUGUACUCGGAGAAGCGGAUAGAGAAGUGGAAGACCAUCAUCAACCCGGUCUCGUCCGAGAACUUCAGGAGGGUGUCGGACAAGGACCCCGCCACGAGGUUCGAGAGGGACGAGUUUAUGCAGAUGUUGAAGAAGGGCGAGACGGACGAGGCUUUUCUGAAAGAAUUGCUGAUGGGCCCGAUGGAGGUGCGGUACGAUUUCACCCAGAAUUAUAAGGAUGCGGCGAAGAUAUGAGGGGUUCCGGUAUCGCAAGAUUCGGCGAACCUGAGAGCUGGCGAGGCGUAUCGUGUUGUGGUCGGUCUGUGUUACUGAGUUAGAAAGUCGGCAACCUGGGUGCGGAGCCCAAUCUUGAGAACCUCGACCUCAGGGUUUGAAGACUUUUACUCUUCUCUCUAGUCGCGUCCGGACGUUAGGUUGAUAUGCUUCGCCCCUUUCGUCGCUGUACUAUCGUUAG